AUGGCCGCCACCAGCACUACCACAACUGCCACCAGCACUACUACUGUCCACGUCCGCCCCCCAAGAUUCAGCAUCAAAUGGGAAAGUGGGUGCAUAGAUCGCACCUUCCCCCUUGUUGCCUACCUUAUGGCGCAUCGUGGGGACUGUCGCAUACUUUUCAGCGAGGACAAAAAGAAGAAGAUCCAAACCAUGCAGGACGACAACAGCAGCAUGCAGCCUUCCGGCAAAGAAAAGGGUCGCAUCCAUGCCAUCAUCGCAUGGGAGGUCUUUGCCAAUGAUGCCCACUAUAGCGGCCAAUAUGCUGCAUGUCCAAACAAGUUUGCAGUAGCAGUUGCGAACCGUCUUGCGUUUCUUAAAAAAUAUCGAACACAACGAACAAGGUUUACCCAGACCGGCAGUGGAGUUGAUCCCACUGAUCCAAAUGCAGUGGCCAAUCUACGUGAGGAUGUACUAAGACAGCUUCCGACCUAUGAUGACCUUGAUGAGUUGUGGCGCAGCAUCCCAUCAUAUGCCCCCCAGGCAUUUUCAUCCGAUCCGAAAGUUGAUCACUCUAGCCUUCUUCUGUCUAUCAUGCACACGAAAAGUGCUCCUGUUUCUACAUCCACUGCUGGUAGCUGCCCAGCUCCGGAUGACGAUGAAGAUCCUUACAAUGCCAAUGCCAAUGCCAAUGAACUGGGUGGCCCAGACCCCUCUCAGGACCUCCCUCCAACCAGUAUUGAUCAUACCCAGCAGCUCCCUCAAACUGCGUCAUCUGUGGAUGACAAUGACAAAUAUGACACCCUGGACGAUAGCACAAUGAUCACCGAGGUGAAUGGCGGUGACAGUGAGAUGAAUGCUGAUGCCGACGAAGAUUAUGAGACGGCGGGAUAUGAGACUGCAGUUCCCUACGAGAAUCGUGUUGACAAGCGUCCGCGCCCAUUCUCCCCUUUGCCACCUCCGGAUACUAUUAUUCCACCUACAAUGUCACCCCACACCCCAGCGUCCGACUCGCGUGCAUCAUUUACACCUCAUGCAAACCGUGCCUUCAGCCGCACAUCUCUUUCCAAGCCUCGCCGGCCCCCUCCUUCUAUCGCAUCCUCUAUCAGAAGCUCAUCAGUACAAUCAUGCUCUUCAUCUGGAUCUGUUCCCACGCCUUCGCCGACAACAAACACAUUGUCCUCCACCAAGGCUAAGAGCGUCAAACGCGUGCAGUCUGAUAUCACCGAUGUUCGUGACAAGGCACAGUUGAUUGCACAGGGGGUAGUAUCCGAGCACUACGCUGCGAAAGCAGACCAGAAGAUGCUCAAGUUGCAGAUCCAUGAAAAGGAACGGGACCAGAUGUUUUCUCUCAGCAAACAGUUGAUUCAGCAGUUGAGCUCUUCACUUGAUCAUCAGCACACGCUAGAAUCAAAGAAUGCCGACAUUCAUCUCGAGCAAGCCAAAGCUCAGACACAUGCGUCUGAGAUGGAACUUCUCCGCCUCGAGCUGCAGCUAGGAGAGCAGCAGCUCCAACUCCAACUCCAGCACGAAGUAGCCGUCACCGAAUCUUCAUUGCAUGCAUCCUGA